CUGUAUUUCUGUCACGAAAUAUUAUUAACAUUUAAAAAAAUCAAAAUAAUGAACUAUAUCAGGAAAUAAACGCCACAUUGGUUUAUAAUUUCUUUUCCAGUCACUUUCAAGGGAAAGUUGACUGCAACGGUAUAAAUGGAUGGAGUCUUGCAAAAUCAAGAAUUUCAAAUUAAGUUGUCAGAACUACUUGAUCAAGAUUGGUUUAAGAUUGGUAUUUUCUUAAAUGUCUCAAAACAUAGUUUAGAAUCAAUUAAAAGUGAUUAUAUAAAUUUUCGAAAACAAGAAGACAAAGCAUAUGAAAUGAUAAAAAAAUGGUUCAAUAUAGAUGAAAAUCCGACGUUUGAAAAGUUAAAAAUUGCCAUAUUAAAAAUUCCAAAAGAAGAUUUAUUGAUGGAGGUGGAGGAUCUUGCAAAAGUUGUUGCCAGCGCCAGAAGUUCUGCAUUAAGAAAUGAACCUUCACAUUUAAAAAGAAACGUCCUUUCAUUGGUACUCUUGGUUUUAGUUAUAAGUCUUUUUUACUCAAACUUCGAUUAUUUAUUAUUGAAAAAUUCAAAAUCAGAUACUUCAAGUUCAUCAGAAAAUUCUUCCGGUUUUUCUGCCAAGACAGAUUUGUCAAUGUCGUCUGAUAAACUAAAGAAAUUUUAUCUUGAAUUUUAUUGUAAAAUUGGUGAACUUCAACCGCUAUUAAAAGCAUCUGCAAAUGUUGAUCUAAUACAAAAGUUUGUUGAUUUAUGUAUUGUUGAUGCAGUAAAUGCUCAAAUGGAUGCAGUUUUCAGUGGUGAACGAAAGAUAUUUCUUGAAAAGCAAAUGCGUUAUACACCAAUUCAAUAUAGUGAAAUAUUUACAAAAGCGAAAUCAGUAAUGUUACUAUCUGGAAUAGCUGGUAUUGGGAAAACAUGGUUGCUUAGAAAAUGUUUGCUUGAUUGGUCAAAUGGUUUAAUUUGGAAAAAUGUUGAACUCGUUUUUUAUUUGGAAUGCAGGAGACUUAAUCAAUAUCCAAAUAUUUCUAAUAUUAAUGAGUUACUAAACAAUUUUUACAAAGAUAUUGUAAACAACAUUAACAUUAAUAGUCAUACUGCACUGUUUAUAAUUGAUGGAUUAGAUGAGUUUAAAUAUUUUAAUGAGUUAUUAAAUCCAAGUUUGACUUGUAACUAUCCAAUUGUUAAUGUUUUAGCAGAAAUUCAAAAAUACAAACAUAUAAUUGCUGGUAGAGUUUAUGCAAUAGGUCAAUACCAAAGUAUUUUAGCAGAAUAUAGUGAUAAGUUAACUAUUCAAAUAAUGGGGUUUAAUGAAAAUGGAAUAAAUAAUUAUGUAGAAAAUCAUGUGUUAGCAGAAAAAAAAGAAGUUGUAAAAACGAUUUUAAAAGAGUCUCCAAUAGCAAAAGCCAUGGCAUCAGUUCCUUUUUAUUUAUCUUUGAUGUGUAAAAUUAUAAGUGAUCCAAAAACAAUUGAUUCUAAUUCUUUCUUAACAAUGACAGAUUUGUAUGCAAGCAUUUUUUUAUACUUUAUGCGAAAACACAUCAUUAAAAACAAUAAGUUGGUAUAUGAGAUAAUGGAAGACAGUUCCAAUAAAAUAUUUAUUUUCAAUAUUUGUAAAAUUGCAUAUCAAAUGUAUGUUAACAAUAAAAUAAUUUUUUCCAAAGAAGAAAUUCAAGUGUUUAUAAGUGACUUUGAUAAAAACGAAGGUAAGUUUUUUGGAUUUAUUGAAAAGUUUGAAACAGAUCUUGGUAGUUAUUAUCAGUUCGCACAUUUGACCAUAAUGGAGUUUUGUGCAUCCGUAUAUGCAUAUAAUUAUUUAAGUAGUGAUGAGAUUAUGGACAAUAAGAGGCUGAAGAGUUGUUUAUCAAUGAUUUGUGGAUUAGCCAAUAAAAACCAAAAUAGUCUAUUAAAGUUUCUUGUUUAUCUGAAUCCUUCAAAAAAGUCCUAUGAAGAAUCAAUUUUAUAUUCUAUAUUGGGUUUAAUAAAGUUUCUUGUUAACCUGAAUUCUUCAAAAAAAUUAUAUGAUGAAUCUUCAAUUUUGUAUUCUAUUUUGGAUCGUCUAAGUGAAAGUAUAUUCGCUGAAAAUAACCAUGAUUUAUUCAUUGAAUGUUUUUAUGAAAGUCAAUCAUCAUUUACUGAUGAAAUUAAAUCGAUUGUUGAUAAACAAGAGUGGUGGAUUGCGAUUGACGACGGAAAAACUUCUUACUUAACUUCUUGCGAAAAUUAUUUCAUAAAUCAUUACUUAAAAUCUGGAAGAAAGUUAUUGCGGCUAAGUGUUUAUAAAAAUAUUUUAAGUGAUGAAGAAAAAAAACUUUUAAUUCAAUGCUCAACUAAUGUUAGUGAAGUCAGCUUUUAUCGUCCAAUUAAUUUCGAAGGAUGGAAACCUAAAGAUAAGAUUGAAGUGUUGAAGAUAUCGAUCUCAUAUUGUUUAAUAACAAAAAAAGAUUUUGAAGAAAAUUUUCUUCCGUGGAUUAAUCUUUGUGAAGAAUUAGAACUUCACCUUCACAGAGACAUUGAUUACAUUAAAGAAAUUUAUGAAUGGAUUCGUUGUUCGAAUGUCAAGAAGUUUACAAUCGAGUACCGUUUAAAUAAUUUUCAUAACCUUGAUGAAUUAAAAAACUUUACAACAUGAUAAAAUAAUUAAUAUCUAAAAUAUAUUAAAAAGAAAACUAUUACUAUAAAUAGUUAAUGAAAUAUUUAAUGUAUUA